UACUGCGCAGUGCGGAGUAAGAACUGCGCAGGUACAAGUUAAGAGAUCGGGCCGAUCCGUCGAUCCGACGGUCGUAGUCAGAGGUUAUCCCGACCUGCGUGUUUUCUGUUUAUUUCACUUUUAAUUAUUCAAAAUAUAGUUUUUAUGUAAUUAUGCUGUCAACAAAACUGUUCGGUUGCAUUAAACUUAGCGGUUCGUCGCUGCCGAGGAGUUACGCGACGGUAGCCGUCCCGCUCACAACGUCGAAAAAGAAAAAAUUGUCCAAAGGAGGAAGUAUGAUGGAGAAACGGAUUCUGCCCGUGGAAACGGACGCAAAGAAGUUAACCAGCUUGCUCUGCGGUAGCAACAUCCUCAAAGAAGGCCAGGACAUCGAGCUAAAACCCGACUCAGAAUACCCGGACUGGCUGUGGAAGCUCAACACCGGCAAACCGCCACCACUCGAGGAGAUGGACCCAGAAACGAAAGAAUACUGGUUUAAAGUGAGAAAAAUGGCCAUCGUCAAGCACAACAAACUGAUGAAAUUAAAACAGUUCUAAACUGAACACUGCUGCCUUAUAUUAGUUACGUGUAAAUAUUUUGUCAAAUACAUGUUUUAUUUUGAAU